AUGGCUAAAUACACUGCAAAAAGCAGAAGGGCUUUAGGUAAUGUUUCCAACGAGGUGCCGUUUGCCAUAGGUACUUUGGGUGCAACCUUCUAUAUUGUCACUUCUGUGGGAAGAUCUUUCCAGAUAUACGAUGCUGCCACUUUGCACUUGCUUUUUGUUUCCCAAUCACAGACCCAGGCCAAGAUCACUGCUUUGGCUGCUCAUUUCCAUUAUGUGUACGCUUCUUCUGGUAAUGUUGUGGGUAUCUAUAAGAGAGGCCGCUUGGAAACAGAGCUUAAGGUUCCAGGACCACAGUCUGCUUCUGUUAAUCAUCUUCUUGUGUUUGGUGACUACUUGGUUGCCACUUCCACUUCUGGCGAUAUCAACGUGUUUAAGAAACCACUGGGCUCGAAGAUUCCUACUGAGCACUACACCACCAUCAAAAGCAUCAACACGAAGUUUGAUGGCGACAUUGUUGGUUUAAUUCACCCUCCAACUUACCUUAAUAAGAUUGUUGUGGCCACUACGAACGGUAUCCAUCUUAUUAAUAUCCGUACUGGCAAGACUAUCUUCAAGUCUCCAGAAGGUCAGUUUGGCGAGGUUCUUUCCGCUAUUGAAUUUGCACCUGCUCUUGAUAUCAUUGCAUUGGGUACGGGCACUGGUGGCGUUUUCCUUUACAACUUGAAAAAGGGUACCAUUUUGGGCGAGAGAAUUAUCGCUUCGCCAGCUGAUGUGGCUGCUAAAGUGAACUCCAUUUCUUUCCGUACUGAUGGUUCUCAUCACCUUGUGGCUGCAAUGAGCAACGGUGACCUUUACUUCCACGAUUUGGUCAAGAAGGCCAGAGUUCACGUUCUGAGAAACUCUCAUGCUGAAGGAACUGGUGGUGUUGCUAACGCUAAAUUCUUGAACGGUCAACCUAUUGUCGUUACCAAUGGUGGUGACAACCAGCUCAAGGAGCUCGUUUUCGAUCCUCCUCUUUCGACUACCAACAGUGCUGUUGUUUCACCACCUCGUCAUUUGCGUUCCCGUGGUGGUCAUUCCGCUCCUCCAGUGGCUAUGGUCUUCCCUAACGAAGACAAGUCUCAUUUCAUUUACUCUGCAUCAAAGGAUAGAUCUUUGUGGUGUUUCUCUAUGAGAAAAGAUGCCCAGGCUCAAGAAGUCUCGCAAAGACCUCCAAAGGUGGACUCCAAAAAGAAGGGUGGCCCGGUUGCCCUGUUGCGUGAAAAGGUUCCUGAAAUUACUGCUUUGGCUAUGUCGGUAGCUAGAGAAGGCGAUUGGGAGAACAUGGUCACAGCACACAAGAACGAGAAUUUUGCCAGAACUUGGGACUCCAAGCAUAAGCGUAUGGGUCGCCAUGAACUUGCUACUGUUGAUGGUGGUUUUGCAAAGGCCGUUUGCGUCUCUCACUGUGGUAACUUUGCUCUUGUGGGAUCUUCCAACGGUGGUAUUGGCGCUUAUAACUUGCAAUCUGGUUUGCUUCGAAAGAAGUAUAUGUUGCAUAAGAACAAGGCUGUCACUGGUUUGGCCAUUGAUGGUAUGAACAGAAAGAUGGUCAGCAGUGGUCUUGACGGUGUCAUUGGUUUCUACAAUUUCUCUGAGUCUAAGUUCUUGGGCAAGUUGCAAUUAGACGCUCCAGUGACAACUAUGGUUUACCAUAAGGGUUCUGACUUGGUUGCUUGUGCACUUGACGACUUGACUAUUGUAGUCAUUGAUGUUGUCACCCAAAAGGUUGCUCGUGUGCUUGUGGGCCACAACAACAGAAUCACAGACCUUGACUUCUCGCCUGACGGUAGAUGGAUUGUGAGUGUGGGUCUUGACGGUACUUUGCGUACAUGGGAUAUUCCUACUGGAGGGUGUAUUGACGGUAUUCGUCUUCCUACUGUUGCAACCAGUGUUAAGUUUUCUCCAAUUGGUGACUUCUUAGCCACUACUCACGUUUCCAGCAACGGUAUUUCUCUCUGGACAAACAGAGCCCAGUUCCAUCCAGUUUCCACUAGACAGAUGGAGGACCAUGAAUUCUCCACAGCUCUUUUACCUAAUGUCUCUGGAGAAGGCGGUGCUUCAUUGAUUGAAGGUGCUCUUGAAAGACCAGCUGAAGACGAGUUUGACAUAAACCAGACAUACCGUUCUAUGGAUCAGAUCAACAACGAUCUUUUGACAUUGCACGUUGGUGACAGAAACAAGUACCUGAACAUCUUGCAUCUUGAUAUUAUCAAAAAGAGAAACAAGCCAAAGGAGGCUCCUAAGAAGCCAGAGCAGGCUCCAUUCUUCUUGUCUUUGGGCGGUGAAGUCGUUGGCGACCGUGCUGUUGUUGCAGAAAACGGUGCAAAGAAGGACCAGAACGGUUCCACCACCACCACCGAAGAGUCUCGUCUCAGAGCACUCAAGGAAAACGGAGAACACCACAACUUCGAGUCUGAAUUCACCAGGUUGCUUAGAAACGGCAGCGAGUCCAAUGACUACACCAAGUUCAUUGAGUUCUUGGUCAACGCAGCUCCUUCGCUUAUUGACCUCGAAAUCCGGUCCCUCAACUCCUUCCCUCCAUUAGACGAAAUGACCAGUUUCGUGAACGCCCUCAACCAAGCCAUGGAGCUCAACAGCGACUACGACGUGUUGCAGGCCAUUUUCGGUCUCUUCUUAAAGCACCAUGGAGACGUUAUCUACGCGAACGGUAAGGAAGAGCAGUUACACGAAGCCCUCGAACAAUGGGGCCAACUCAACCAAACCAAGGGUAACAAACUUGACGAACUUCAUAGACCGUCCAAGCAACCAGCAUUCGCCAUGAAUGUCGACAUUAUGGCGCCGUUCAAUCGGCUCAAUCUCAAUGGGAAUGCCAAGGUGACUGCUCUCCAUUUCCAGGACGAGAAGCUUUUCAUUGGGUUCUCGAAUGGCGAUAUUACCAUCAUGAAGGUGAGUGACAAUCCAGAAUCACUUAAGACUCCGGCUCGCUCGAUGCGAAGCUUCCGUUCGUUUACCGAUAUCAAGGGACUUUUUCACGACAAUGACCUGUCACUGUGGUAUAAUACCGAGAAGACAUUUAAGAAUGUGAAUGGGUCGCUGGCUGCCAUAACUGCGUUGAGACUCAUACCACUAUAUAAGGACGGCUCGAGGGACGUGCUUCUAAUUGGCAGUUCAGAUACGCUACAGGCGUUUGAAUGGGUUGGGGCUCAUCUUAAUUUGAUUAAUUCGUUCCUGGACUCAAAGUCGUUUAAUCAGUUCAGGUAUGUGGAGACGAAAGACCGCAGGCUAAUAUUGAUUGGGUGUAAGAAGCGCUUGCACGUUUAUCAGAUCAAACAGAAGUCGAGAAACAUUUUCGACUUUAUUCUUAUCAAAGAGCUUAAUCUUAAGGAUAAGCUACGUGCCAUUGGUGGACACAAGAACCAUGACAUUGUGGUGUUGGGCAUGACCAACUCGUUCGCUUACUUGGAACUCGACGAACCAUACCAGUUGAAAGACCUUCCUACCGAGCAUUCUGGCAUUAAUAAUCUUUCCCAAAGCACAUCGUUUAGCUACUUUGGUAUUUCAAGCACUGGGCCUCAGAUCUGGGUGGUUGAUAUGAAGAAUUCAACGUCAUUAGUCAUCCGUGAUUCUCAAGUGGGAACUCUUACGUUUCAGGAGAAGUCUUGCUCGCUAAAGUCUUCUAAUGUUAACUUCCAAGCUGUGCCUGUGGAUGUGGCUUUCCUUUCUCCCUGUUACUUGCUAGUCUUGUACAACAGGAAGCUCGAAAUCAUAGACGUUGCGAGUGGUGCAGUCGUACAAGUCUUCCACCACCACAUGAACAAUUCUAAUAUUAGCCUUACGGUCAACGAGGACGUUGUUAUCAUUGGUGCGGGCACCAAUGUUUUCCAGUUUAGAGUGCAUCCGAUUCGUAAACAGCUCAACCAGUUUCUUUCCAUACGAGGCUCAAGCUCAGGCGCUAGAGGCCUGAAAGAGCUACAUCACGAUCUUCGUUUGAUAGGUCUUGAGAGGGCAUUGACUUUGGUCAGCAAUCUCGAUAACGAUGACAGUUUGUUCUUUCCCUUGGGCCUGUUUGAGGCUGCAACCGACAAGCAUAAGCUUUUAUACCUCCGCAAUUUGUACUUGGAGAAAGCUCUGGUUUUGUUUGAGCUGUAUGGGAAAUACCACGAAGCUUUGAUCAACAUAGGGUCCGAGUGGAUACUAUCGUAUAAGGAGGUCUUGAAGCUUUUCCCAGACUUUCUUAACGGUGAAUACCAGAGUGCUCAGUUGAAAGAGGGUGAUACUGAAGGUUCAGAAGAAUCCAAAUCCAGCGGGUUUGUGAAUCCUGUUCGCCGUGUGAGCGUUCAAGAGGUGGACGCUAUAAAGCAGGAUCUUAUAAAUAACACUCCUCCUACAAACGGUGAUCAAGCUCCUGUGGAAGGACAAGCCAGUCAUUCGCCUAGUGUUGCGCCAUCCAUAAACUUAGAGGAACUGAAGUCACUUAAGAUUCGCAAGUUCAACAAGGCUGUCGGUGAUCUUAUCGUUUUCAUGACCGAUCAAAGAAGAAUAUACUCCAUCUUUUUGGGUUCCAGUGAUAUGAUGCCUACAUUACCAUGGAAAGGUGUUGAGAUCACGCCUCUUGAUUUCGAUCAAAGCUUAAAGGAAGAGGAUAUGUGGGAUCGGAUCAAGAGUGAUGCUGCUUAUAUUGAUACCACUCUUUUCCUUUGUUAUUUCUAUACUAAGCCAAUGUUGCUUGGCCCGCUCCUUCGUUUACCAAACAACAAGUGUGACUCAAAAGUUGUCAAUCAUUAUCUUCUAAAAGAUCUACACAGUCAUACGAAAGAGUCACAGGUAUUUAUUAGAGAAUUGCUUGACUUUUACUAUGGCAGAGGGCUUCAUGAAGAGGCUUUGAGCAUGCUUUAUAAGCUCGCUCACGACGAGUCUUCCCAUUCGCAUGAGUAUGAUGAGUACUUCAGAUCACCAGACCUUACUAUCACUUACUUCCAAAAACUUGACAACAGCCAUCUCGAUUUGAUUUGUGAGUAUGCAAAGUGGGUCUUGUUGGACGAUGAUCAGAAGAUGAUUGAACGUGCUGCUUCUACCUUUAUGAACGAAACAUACGAAUGUGAAAGCUACGAUACAACAAAAAUUUUCGAAUUCUUCAAGAGCUCGAUAAAGAAUGACGAUUUAGCCAUCCGUUACCUUGAAUGGCUCUUGAAUGAAAGUGAUGUUCUUCAAUCUUCAGGAAGAGCCAGACAAAGAUCAACAUUCUCCACCAAAUUAUGUUUGUUCUACUUGAAGAAAUUGAAAGCACUCGAGUGUACGGAUGAGGAAUUUUUCGAGAACGAGGUGUACAAGAAGCUAUUUGGUUUCUUGAAAGAGUCUUCAGACUAUGAACCAUGGACUGUUUUAAAGAACAUACCAACGAGCCAAGACAAGUUCCUUCGCUUCACCAUCUUCAUCUACAAGCGUCUUGGAGAACACCAGAAAUCAGUGGACGUUUUAUUCAACCAACUUUCUGACCUAGAUGGAGCCAUUGACUAUUGCUCUGAACUCUACGACAAUGACGAACGCCAAGCGGGAACUGACCUUUUGCAUAAACUUCUCGAAGACUUGUUGCUCCACUAUGAAGAGAACAUAGACUCCAUCACGAAGCUCUUAACAACCCAAGGAACAAAAAUGUCGAUGACCAGAACUCUUCUCACGUUGCCCAGCGCCUUUCCGCUCCAAAAACUCGACAGUUUCCUUAGUGAUAAUUUGGUUAUCACCGAGAACGAUCUUCAAGAGAAGAUGAUCAGUGCGCAGCUCUACAAGGUAGGCGCCGUCAAGGUUCAAUACGAUCUCCAAAAGGAAAGAUCUCGUUUUUACAAAAUCCCUAGUAAAGACGAAGAAUGCGAUACUUGCCACCAGUCAAUUGGAAAAAACGUCAUUUGCAUUGACCCCAAAGACGAAAUCUCCCACUAUAAGUGUUAUCAGAACAAUCGCGAAUGA